AUGCUCGUCGAAAGGCACGUUGCAUGCAAUACAUUCUACUUUACUACUAUCCCUCUAAAUUGUAGAUGCGCUGGUCACUUGGAGUCCUGCAACCACCCCACAUUUAAGCGAUUUCGAUUUCACAUAUCAUACUUCACUGCCUACAUUAGAUUUGGUGUGGCGAAUACAGCUGAAGCAGCCUCCGCAUGGUUAACAGUGCUGGUUUCAGUGGAGCGCUAUAUGGCAAUGAAGUUUCCAAUGUUGGCGCUUACCUACUGUCGACAGGGCUCGGGAAAAAUGCAUGUUUUUAUUAUCAUUCUCCUGGCCGUGGCUUUCAAUUCUCCACUCUUUUUCAUACUACGAAUUUCACAGAAAAAUGUAACAUCGGAAAACGGUGAAACCCGAACUGUUCUUGGCUCCCGACUGACAGCCUUUGGAGAAUCCACCGAUUAUGAUGUCUACACGUGGUUCCGUUUCGUCCUCGUUCAAAUCAUCCCCCUAAUUGCAUUGUGUAUAUUCAGUACCCUUCUCAUCAAUGUGGUGAGUGAGAGCUACCGCAAACCACGACGUAAUGAGGUGGCUAGUGCGGUGACGGGACACAAAGUAACACAGGAAUUGGUGGAAAUUACUAACUCGAGGAAAAGUGGAAACUGCUUGAAGCAUCAGCGUGUCACAAAACAAAUACAACUGGACAGGAGGCAGCGGGCUCAAACAAAGCUGACCAUUAUGCAGAUUUGCGUGAUCUUUCUAUUCCUUAUUGGUCAAAUCCCGCAGGCCUUCUCGUUCGAGAAGAUCUCCAAUGCGAUAAUGCCACCGUGGUGUGGUCGCUGCUGUAAACUGAAAAUCUACUAUCGCAUGUGUAGCAUGGUUCUCAGUCAAAUAAGCUACUCCCUCUCCUUCUUCAUUUACCUCAGCCUUAACAGGUACUUUCGAAAGACCCUCUUAACCUGCUGCAGGAACAAACCAGUGGAACAAAACACCCGCGCAUCACGAGUAGCAUAG